CCCUUUGAGAACGGCGCGCGCCGGCCGCGCCUGUUGGCGGAGCUGGCGGAGCUCUCGCGGGAUUUCGAAAGGGGGAAGGACGCGGGUUACGCCUGGGCUCCGGGAGACACAACAAACAUGGAGGCGGCGGCCGCGGUGACGGCGGGAGUCGGGUCCACCUGCGGCUGGCAAGUGCGGCGGAGGUGAGGCGGCGUCCGGGGGGCUCCCUCCGCCCGGGCGGAGCAGGAGGAGACCUCGUCGUGCUCCUUCCCCGCUGGCGCCGCGCUCUGCCUGCCUGCCGAAGUUGUGAGCGCAGGAGGAGUGGCGCCGGCGAAGCCCACUUCGCCGAGGGUCGGUCGGGGAGGCAGCAUGUCGGGAGCGGCGCUCCGGUGCGGUCGGGGAAAAGGCUGCGCGCUGCCCAGGAGGUGGGUCCGGUGGGCUGUGGGAAGCUGCCCCCCAGCAGCAGCCCUCAGAGGGAGGCUUGGAGUUUGGCUCUCUGUCAGGGUCGCGGGAGGAGAGGUGGCCGCAGGGAGCCUGCGCUUUGCCCGGGAGUCGCUGGCAGCUCAUCCUGCCCUAAGGAAAGCAAGAAGAUGCAAGACGAAGAAGAUGCCUGGGCUCCUCAUGCAUCCUACAGUUGUGCAGAAGAGGGGGUUUGUUCCAGCAGGUGCCGCUUGCAUGACAAGCUGCCUCUGUGGAUAUCUCCAUCUCUGCGCAACUAUUAAGGGGCGGCUGGAACAGGAACACCCAGUCCUGCCUUUCCCCUCCUGGCCGCCCUUGCCCAGCGAGGGAGGAUGAAAUUGCCUCUUCCCCACACAGCUGUUAAGAGAGGCACACCUCUCCUGCGUUGCAUCUCACCACUCUGGCGGCCGGCCGUCUAGAAACAGUGCACACUUGGAAGGGGGGGUGUCCAGAGGCAAAAAGUGGCUCGCUGAACUGUUCCUGAGCCGACAGCUCUUUUUGCUCCUGAAACAUACAUCCUCGAAGGAUGCUAGCUGAUACUGUUGGGUGCUCUUUAAGCACUACCCGAGCCACCCAGGGUCUAGAAGUGACACUGUUUUGCUUUGUGAUCACUCUAUAAGCCACACGGAGUGGGAAAUGUCUGACUUGAACUGCUUGUAGAUGAGAGGGGUAGGUAGUGGAAGGGAAAAGCUGCAAGUUGGGAGGUCUUUGCAUGGGAUUGAAGAGAUGGAGGGCUGGGAGGGUGGUGUGCCAUAGGCUGUGUGCAUGGAGUUCUGUGGAAUGAAAAAUCUGAGUUCUAUUCCAACUGCCUUCCAAACAUUAAUUCCCUCUUACCGUCUCCUUGGUUAAUUCUUUAGAGUAAUUAUAUGAGCCAUAACGUUGAGGAUUAAAUUGGCAAAGUAAUUGGGAGCAAGUAUUAAGAGAUGAGAAGAUGAAGUGGUAUCUUCCAACCAGAUUGGAUCAUACUGUAUUUGUAUCGUAGUACUCUAGGCCGCUGAUUUGCAGCAUUGGACAAAAUUGCUGAGAGUUCUUCAGCUCUGCAUCCCUUCAAGCCUCGCUGCUCUGAUCUGCAAGGAUGGGGAGAUGGGUUAAGUGUUGCCAGAAAGGGCAAAAGUGACAAUAUACUGGAUGGAAAUUAUUGCUCCCGCAGUGUGGUUAAUACAGUAUAGCUUUGCUGCUGGUGAAAGAGCAAGCUCUGUAAAGUUACUUCCUGCAUUUUCAAGUUCUUCCUAUGGUUUGUGUCACCGUUGGCUAUAUAUAAUAUGUUCUCCAGUGCCAGUGGGAGCAGAGGUACAGUGAAACAUUUUAGCUGAAUAAUAUGGCUAAGUCUGCUGUAGAGUAUGUAGCCAGCCCAUUUUUGCUGUUGCCUUCGGGGUGAAAGUUGGCAAGUGAGAAUAAGACAACAAAUGCAUGGUCAUUCAAGGCUUUCUGGUGGCUGAAAUGUUGAUCUUUCUCCUUAUAGCACUCAUGUUCUGCCUCUUGCACAUUUUAAUGUAUAGAUUUUGCAUACAGGUUUUGUCAUGUUAACUUUUAUGUUUGGCAAAAAUCACUCUCUCUUUUGGACAAUGUGGAACUGUGAAAAUGUUAAGGUGUUAUGUGAGCAGACUUGAGAAAAGUCUCAAAUUUUUCUUUCUUCCUUAGAUUUCUUAUAUGUGAGCGUCACAUGUCUGUCCUGCACAGAGCAGACAAAUGUGGCAUGUACAUAAACAGCUGAACCACCUGUUUCAGAUAUGUAAAAACAGCAUAAAAAACUUUAGCAUUCAGGCAAUCCAGCAUUUGGAUUGUUUCCUGCAUCUAUAAUUCAUUGUGAAUAUCCUAAAUAGGGCUUUGUACAGCAGUGUCAGCUAGGAAAAGAAAGCAUAUCCUUUUUACAUAGAAAAACUAUUGCCUAGGUUUAUUCAUGUAGAUGCUGUAUUUUACAGAAAAGUUUUUAGCAUUAACUUGGUAAGGAUUUUGGUAUGGGAAUUAUAUUACUUAAGCAUGAAAUGUGAGUUAUAAAACUAAGGUUUUAUGGCUUUCCUUAGGUAUAAUGUACUCUGUGCGUAUUUUCAACACUAAAGCAACACCAUUAUCAGGCUUCGUUAUUUUAAGGCAAUGACAUCUAAUUUAACUAACUCAGUUUGAAAAUGCGGAACUUCACAUUUUGAUUUCCCUUGAGAUUGCUUUAAAAACAAUAUUGAGUAUGCAAAAUUAUGUCUUUUUUUAUUCUGCAGUGUUCAACUAAUGGAACCCAAGUUAACUUAAGUCUAUAUGAAGCUGAUGACUACAGAAAGAAGGUAGGCAAAACUAUUGUAUAAAGGAAAAUUUGAAGCAACUGUCGCUGAGAAUGACACUAGAUCUUGCUCAGCACUAACCUAGUGAUACUUUUAUUGCUUUAUUUUUUUGUAAACAGCUUUGAUGGUUUUUCAACCGAUAAAGCAUGAAUAAGUUUUAGGAAAUAAAUAAUAAAUAAAUAACCCAAGAACAGCACUGCUGGAUCAGACUGAAGGCCUAUCUAGUCUAGCAUUCUGCUCUCACAACAGGUGUCUAUGUGAAGACCACAAGCAAUCAUGAGCACAACAUCAGUCUGUCCUAGAAAGAUAUGGCUGCAUAAAGCCUAUUAAGGUUAUUGUCUUGGUCAUAUGCUAAACCAUAUUGUUCCCCACUUAAAAAACAGCAAGAAAAGGCCAUGGCAGCACUACACAACUUGUAAACCAUGAAAAUGAUCACAUCUCUACUAGGAGCUCUGCUCCUAGUAGCCUUUGGACAUGGAUGUUUAUGGGGUUGGUGUGUUCUCUGCUCUGCUGCCGCCCCUGAGACUUUGAGGCAGACAUUGCCAAUGCCAUCUGGCUCCCUGUUGUGGGCAUUGGGCAUUGGGUGAGCUAGUCUGUAGUAGACUAGAACAGGGUUUCCCAAACUUGGGUCUCCAGCUGUUUUUGGACAAUUUCCAUCAUCCCUAACCACUGGUCCUGCUAGCUAGGGAUGAUGGUGGUAGUCUAAGAACAACUGGAGACCCAAGUUUGGGAAAGUCUGGAAUAGAAGAUGAACAAGCCCUCUCACCCUGGAGACUGGCAACAGAAAUGUUUGUAAGCAGCCUUGAAGACUUAACUGGUGGAAAUGCUUUUUAAAACCAAUGCGUACCCUAAUCUCAUUUUCUUGUAGACUAGAAAGGCAUUAAUCAGAGAAGUGUAUUUCAUAUAUGAUGGAACAUAUAUUUCAAGAGUGGAUUUUUUAUGUCUGUUUCACUGAUUUGAAGUUGAUUUGGAGGAUUAAGGUAAAACUGCUGCACACGCAUUUUAAUGAUCUCUUAAAAGUUAUGUAUCUUCAUGUGUCAGUAAACUGUAAUGAGCUAUGCUUCGGUUUUUUGUCUGGAGGGAAGUAACGAGGAGGUUGUUGGAAUAUGCAGUGCGAAGCUAAGUCGGAAUAAGGGAGCUAUGGGUGCAAGUGGGAAUCCUGGUAGUAUUACUAUUUCUGAGGGCAGCACUGUAUAGGGAAGCUUUUUAAUGUUUAGUGUUUUAUUUUGUUUUUAUAUAUGUUGGAAGCAGGGGUACAAAUAAAUUAUUAUUAUUAUUACUGAGAGAAGAUGGGGUAGAGUAGGCUGUCUGAGAAGAAGGAGGCUCAGAAGACGACUAGUUCUAAUUACAUUCUUAUUAAGCUUCAGUGUACUGUGGAUAUUUUUGAGGAAUAAUGAAAACAAAUACUGUUGCUAAACCUGGGUAACUGUCAAUAAGACUCACACUUCAAGAGUCUGAAAAUCUACCUUUGUCAUUCCUCCCCUCCCUUCCCCACAAGUAAUUUCAGUGUAUUAAUUUGACCAUAAUUUGAAACAGAAUACUUGAAUAGAUAUGUCUUUUCAUCUAAUCCAGCAAUGUAAUAUGUGUAUUUUCAUUGCUUGCCUGGCGUUUACUGCAAAAUUUUACAAACUAAAUAUAUUUUUCCUGGCAAGACUGAACAAGUAUGCCUGUUCAAAUAUCUUUUAAGUUUUUAAGACUUCCAGGUGACUAGCUGCCUUACUGUGAUGUGAACCAGUGUGUGUAGAAAUGUUUUGUAUGCUGUCAGCCUUCAGAGAAAAAAUGAUUUUCAAAUGUGAUUAUAUAUACCACUGGUAAAGCCUUAACAGGACACAGUAAAAGGGAUUUAAGAUUGGGGUGAAAAGGUUGUUUUCAAAACAAAGUCUGUAAAAUGAGUAACUGAAAUGCUUCUGUCAGUUUUAUAUAUGAUUUUGAUCUACCAUUCCCGAAGCUUUCUUAAAUUAGUUAAUAAAUGGUUGAAUGUUUCCCCCCUUUUUUGAUGAUAGGGAAAGUGGGACAUGUGUGCUUUAUUACUUAUCUAAUAUCCUGAAGAAGAGUUCAAAAUGUUUUCUACAUAAAGGAAAAAAUUCAGGUAUGACAUGUCUAUAAUGAUUUUUUGGGGAAAGGCUGCAGUUCUUAGAACUUGCCUUUAAAAGUUUUUAUCCACAUCUAAUCAUUUUGCAGCAGUAGGUUGUGUGCACCUCUUUUCUUACAGCACAGCAAAAUGGAAUUACGGAGAUAUUUGGUAGAGGCCAAUGAAAGUCUAACAUGAAUUUUUAGUAAUACAAUAUUAAAUCUUGUGUAGUGAUAAAAUACACCACAAAUUGCACAAAAUCAUUGUCUGGUUAAGAUUACAUAUAAGAUUACGUACAUAUAAGAUUACAUAUCAAAUGGAUUUGAUAGUCAUUUCACUUUAUUCCUUAAAAAAAAUAUAGCCAAAUGAAAGACUGGGUGUGGGAACUAGGAAUUUGCUAGACUGUGAUUAUCAUAUAUAAAUCAAAGAAAUAUGGUUAUAAUAUUAAUCUAGUGAGCAGAGUGAUCUAAAUUCCAUCUGGGGAAUGGUGCAGCCACUGCUAUAUCCAAUGUUUUAUUGCUCGUGCCCACCAGGGUAGCAGGGGAAGGGUAGCUUUUGAUGCUUAUUUGUUGAGGGGGGGAAAUUGGUGGCAGUAGGUGGGCAUCCCUGCAGAACCCUAAUCCCCUCCACAAGUGUGGGUGAACGGGUAGUGACCCCCCGCUUGCUGUUACGUGUUUGUCAUUUUGUUGUAUUGGAUAUAUAUGUUUAGUUUAUAUUACGUAUAAGCUUCUCUGAACAUUCCUUUGGGGGGAAGGAAACAGAGUAAAAUCUAGUGGGUCAAAACUGAACCUGCAUUUUCAUCAGCAGACCAAGAGAAAAAUUUUGAACCUUUGAAAUGAGAGGUGUCUUACUGAAGUUUCCAAUCAUCAGUUCUUUGAGUAUUUGUAGAUUUCACAGUUCCACAGGCUACCUUCUUUCCCUUGCCCUUGGGUUGCAAAACACCAAAUUCUAGUUACCAAGAUGGUUCCUUAACAAUAUAAAAUGAGCCUUGCUGGGUGAGACAAGGGGCCUAUCUAGUUCAAUAUCCUGUCUCCUAUGUUGGCCAACGAGAUGUCAGUAGGAAGCCUGCAAGCAGGAGUUCUGUGUUUUGUUUUUAGCUUAGUAUCUUUUUGAACCACAAAAAUUUAAACUCUUGAUAAUGGAUAACUGCCUCCUGGAAACCUACUUUCUGUUUUCUGAAGGCCUUGAUGUAGCAUGAGGAGGUUUGUUGAUAUGAACAGUAUAGGACUUGGGCUUUUGUUAUAUGUUAGACAUCUUCACACAGUGAAACUUGAUAUGGGGAGCCCUAAUUGUUUCCUGGUUCUGCUUUGAUGGCUGGCUCUUUCAAGUCACCAUCUACCAUCCUAGCCUACCUCAUGGGGCACUUGCAAGGCUAAUAUGCUGCUCUUCAAGUGAGAUAUCAGUAAUGAUUUUCAAUAUUGUGUGGUUUUUGUUUGAAUCUUAAGUUGGUUUUUUAUUCUAGGCCCACAGGAUUGUGAAGUUGUAAUAUGAAUAUGGGUGAAAAGAAACCAGAACCUUUGGAUUUUGUAAAAGAUUUUCAGGAAUAUCUGACUCAGCAGACUCACCAUGUGAACAUGAUUUCAGGCUCUGUUAGUGGGGACAAAGAAGCAGAGACUCUUCAGGGAGGUAGGUUCACCAUGGUACAAUUCAGCUUUCACUUUAUUUAAAAGAAAGGCUGGUUAUUGUAGAGGGGAGCUUCUUCCCACCUGUCUCCCAAUAGCCUGUUAUAGUAUGCAAACUAAGUACAAGAUAAAGGAAGAAACUUAUUGGUGUUUCCCUUCUCUUUUUACAGCAGGGACAGAAGGUGAUCAAAAUGGACUAGAUCAUCCUUCGGUCGAGGUCUCACUGGAUGAAAACUCUGGAGUGUUAGUAGAUGGGUUUGAAAGAACUUUUGAUGGAAAAUUGAAAUGUCGGUAUUGUAACUAUGCCAGCAAAGGAACAGCACGUCUCAUAGAACAUAUCAGAAUUCACACAGGUAUGACUGAGUCUGCAGAUUUUGUAUCUCUCUGCUGGUGGUAUAUAUACCUACACAAGCUUUCUUACUGUGUUAAACAUGUGUUUUCCAGUCAGGAGAUUUGUAUCUAUCUGUUAAUGAUCUUUCCACUUCUAUUUCUCCAGUAAGCAAACUUGAUUCUUAAAAUUCAGUUUUCAGCUAAAUGUAGGAAAACCAGACUAUAUGAAAUAACCUGUGUGACUGUCUAGGGAAAUGGUUUUGCCAGCUCUAGAUACUGCUUACACUUGCAAUGUUGCUGAUUCUUUUACUUGUUCAACUUACCCUAUGUAUCUUCCAGCAUUUACUGGUCCUAAGACAUGAACCAUAAAACUAAUCUCUUUCAUUUGACUGUUGUUUGUCACAGCUAAUUCUGCCCUGGUUUCCUCGCUGGCCCAAAUAGGACUAAUUUAGCCAGCUAGCCCUGGUGAUCAUCUAAUGUUUAUUGGAUGGAUUUCCCCCCUAAAUUGAUUUUUGAAUUCUGACUUUAUUGUUAUUCACAUUUUAUACUGCUUUAUGCUGUUUUUUGUUGCAUCAAUUAAGUGUUUUAAAUUUGUUGUUAGCCGCUCUGAGCCCGGUUUUCUGAACUGGUGGGAAGGGCGGGGUAUAAAUAAACAUUUAUUUUUUAAAAUUAUUACAGUGGUGCCCCGCAAGACGAAUGCCUCGCAAGGCGGAAAACCCGCUAGACGAAAGGGUUUUCUGUUUUUUAGUUGCUUCGCAGGACGAAUUUCCCUAUGGGCUUGCUUCGCAAGACGAAAAUGUCUUGCGAGUCUUGAGAUUUUUUUUCCGCUCCCCCCCUUUUUCUAAGCCGCUAAGCCGCUAAUAGCCUUUUAGCAGCUAAGCCGCUAAGCCUUUAAUAGCCGCUAAACCGCUAAUAGCGCUAAUCCGCUAAUAGGGUUGCUUCGCAAGACGAAAAAACCGCUAGACAAAGACACUCGCGGAACGGAUUAAUUUCGUCUUGCGAGGCACCACUGUAUUAAGGAUUUUAAAUGGUAGCUUUAGAUAUUGUAGUGCUCUGUGACUCAACUCUAGUCACUCUUCUUCCAUUUGUUUCUUGCAAAACACAUGGUAUCAAUACAAUAAAAUCUUGUAUUCUUUCAGGUGAGAAACCACACAGAUGCCACUUAUGCCCCUUUGCAUCAGCAUAUGAACGUCACUUGGAAGCUCAUAUGCGAUCGCAUACAGGUGAAAAACCUUACAAAUGUGAAUUGUGUUCAUUCCGCUGUAGUGACAGAAGCAACCUGUCUCACCACCGCAGGCGCAAACAUAAAAUGGUGCCUAUAAAAGGUACAAGGCCUUCCCUUAGUAGCAAGAAGAUGUGGGGUGUCUUGCAGAAGAAGACCAGUAACUUGGGGUAUGGUCGAAGGGCGCUAAUAAACUUAAGUCCACCUUCCAUGGUGGUUCAGAAGCCGGACUACCUUAACGACUUCACUCAUGAAAUCCCAAACAUUCAGACUGAAGCAUAUGAAAGUAUGACAAAGCCAACAGAGACUGGUGGGUUACCAAGAGAUCCACAAGACCUUAUGGUAGAUAACCCUUUAAACCAGCUAUCUACUUUAGCAGGACAGUUGUCUAGCCUGCCCCCUGAAAACCAAAACCCACCCUCUCCUGAUGUUGUACCGUGUCAAGAUGAAAAGCCUUUUAUGAUGCAGCAGCCUGCCGCGCCAGCAGCCGUUCCAGCGGUGUCGACCAGUAUUCCUCAGAGUUCAUCCCCUACAAGUCCUGAUCCUCGCCCUGCACAUUCUCAAAGAAACUACAGUCCAGUCGCAGGUCCCAGCAGCGACCACAGUGCUCAUGCCAGCACCCCGAGCAUAAGUAAUAGCCAGCCAAGUACUCCAGCACCAACUCUUCCAGUUCAGGAUCCUCAGCUUCUGCAUCACUGCCAGCACUGUGAUAUGUAUUUUGCUGACAAUAUUCUUUAUACGAUCCACAUGGGAUGUCAUGGCUUUGAGAACCCUUUCCAGUGCAACAUAUGUGGUUGCAAAUGUAAAAACAAGUAUGACUUUGCUUGCCAUUUUGCCAGAGGCCAACAUAACCAACAUUGAUUGAAUAUAAGUUAUACCAUGCAUUCAUUUAUCUGUGUUUGUUUAAACACAUUGCUGUCUGUCUCUUUGUUGCUACUGGAGAGGUUGCGUGCCCUUUUGGAGGAAUCCAGUUAAGCAGAUUUAACAUCAAAGGCAAUUACCUUUACACGCUUUCAUGAUUUGCUAGGGACGUGCUUGUUUACCAUGGCGGCAUUCUUUAAAAUUCUUUAAAAUCCUAAAAUAAGAAUGAGGUUUGUAGUGCAAUUAUUAUUAUUACUAUUAAUGGAUAAUCAGUGCAACACAAUAUAUACUGACCUAACAUAAUGUGGAUCUUGUCGAUCAACACUUGUGUCCAAGUACUUAACCAAUACUUAACAUUAAGCUGAGCUACUGGAGUAGCCUUUAGUUUAAUUCCGUCAUACAUAAUGUACUCAGAUAUUUUCAGUGUAGAAGCUAUAUGCAACUGUGUAUAAACUGACUAUCCCGUAAACUGCUAUAAAAUAUUGUGUAAAGAGUAAACAAAGAUAAAGUUGAUGUCUGCAACAAAACUUAAAUCUAGGAAAAGUUUAAUUGCUGUGAGGCCUUUAAUAAAGCUCCUGUGGUAAUAGUGAGUCAUGAUGUGGAAAACUAGAAGAGUAAAAAUGUGAAAUAGGGAACAAAGACAUCCACUUUCAAUUACUGCUGACCCCCUUUUAAAGGAAUACAAGGAACCUGUGCCUAGUAUUAAAUGUCUGUAAUUUUUAAAACUGUGUGCAGAAAGAAAACAUUGGAAGAAAAUGGGUAAUGUGUUAAAAAACUCUACCAUAAUUUUCAUACCUAGCUUGCAUUGCAUUGCAUUGCAAAGAACUUCAUUACCAUUUAAAUGUUUAUGUGAAAGUUGUUUUGUCUUUACCUUCUGGUAGUAAUGUUUUUACCUGAAAAUGAAGUGGCAAGGAGGUUAUGAGAUUAUGAUAAUCCAUUCAGAUUUCACAUGGGUCAUUUUAUCUGUGAAUGAUGAAUGUACUUCUUGAAAAGAGCAUCCUAGUCCAGGUAAACAGCAGUCGAAAGAAAACAUUCCAUACUAGGUUUUUUGUUAUAGUUCUGGACUUGACAAAGCAAAAAGUUUAUAUGAGGAAUCACUGACUAAUUACAGUGGAUAAAAACUCUAAGACAUAGCAGCCAACUGUUUCUGCCUUGAUCUAGAUAAGUGAAUAGGCACUUUAAACAAACUAUGCUAGCAAAAACUAUGGUGCUAGCUUACAGCACAUGAAUCCUUAAUAUACAGGGGAAAACACUUUGACAUGCACUUUUAUUGUAUAUCUUCAUUAUUUUAUUUUAAGGGAAAGAGAGGACUUUAUACUGCUGUCACUUGCAUAACAAGUAAAUAUGCACAUGCACAUACAAACUUACGACAGUGUGCUUUUAUUGGUUUCGCAUCCCAAAGUACGUGCCUUUGUGUGAAUAAUGGUCAAGUAUACCCCUCUCCAUCUUCAGCUCUUUUGGUAGAGGAGCAUUCUUCUGAGAGCCAAAAUAGCAGCACAGAUUAGAAAAGUCCUCUUGAGUCAGUUAAGUCAUCACUGGUCAGUGCAAAAGAAAAACCUUAUCAGUAGGAUCCUAUCUUGUAAGAUGUAAGAAAUCUUACGCCAAAGUCUACUUGAGCAAUUGGGUCCCGUCCCCCCACCCCACCCCUGUAGCCACAUGGCACCACAAAGGUCCUAAACUAUAAUAACAUGGAGGAUGCACAGUAUUUACUGAGGUAAACAGCACAUAGUUUGAGCAGAAUAGGCUGCUGGCACUGUACUUAAAGCAGACUAAAAAACUUACCUUCCAUGGCUGGAAUUUUUUGUCUCUUUAAGUUUAGAAUCAUUUUUCAGAGGAAAAGCCCUCUCAAGCAGCUAUAUUAAGACCUUAAUUUCAGUUCCUGACAUUCUCUUAGGUAUCUUUCUCAAAGUUAAUGUUCAGUGUCUUAAUACAUUUGUGUAACCGUACUCAAUGUUUGCAUUCCGACGUUUAGAAGUAUUUCGCCAGAAUAUUCUUGGAAUUGCCUUCUGCCUCUCUAAAAUGGCAUAGCACCAAAUUAGUCUUGCAACUCUAGUGCCAUAUAUGUUGCACUCAGGAAGUCAGUGACAAACUUAUCAUUAGUCUUGUUUGAUUGGGAUUGCAUGCUAUGACAGCAGAGAACCUAAAAUAUACUAUGUAUGUUUUAAUUACAGUGCUGGGUAUGUUGAAUGGACUAACACAGCUAAAUAAAGGCUGCUUGUAAAAAUCCUCACGUAUAUCCUAGCUGGGUCAUCUUUAUGAAAUGUCUAUAAAUGAUCUGAUUGAAUGAGCAGUUGUAGAGCAAUGGACAACAGCUGGUGGCAACUCCACUCCCAGCCUGUUCAUGUCUUCCCUGGCCAAAACCAGACCAGCUGGUCUUAGCUGACCAUGAAAGGGCAGCCGUGCUGAGAAGGAAAACAAAGAAGCCGAUUGACAGCAUAGGUAUGGGGAAAAGAUAGGGCAAGAAGUGGCCAUCAAAUAAGGUCAUGUUGAAUUAAGUGAGGGAAGGAGAAGCUUUAUUGGGGACAUCUCUACUUUUUCCAGUACAGUGUGUUGGCAAACUGAGUAUUACUGUGUACUAGAAAUACAAAAUAGAAUUGAGCCAUAAAAGGCUAUGGUCAGGGUCAUGGCUUCUAUUUUUGUAGAGUUCCUGUACCCUUAAAGUCAAGCAGAUAGUCAAGAGGUGAGGUUUGGAAACAUGUAGAUAACCUGAGCAAUUGCUACAGGUCAUGGCAGCUUUUGAAAACACGAGGCCACUGUUGCGGUGGGCAGUGGAAAUGGAAACCCUUGCACUACUGUUUUUUAGAGACCUUUCAGCCAAAGAGCUGGUAGCGACACCUGAGCUGCAGCAGACACUUAGACUUAAACCAACAAGAAAUGAGCUGGGACUAAAAGCAGAUGAAGGCUCACAGAUGAUGUCACUUACCAUUGGGAUCUACAAUGCCAAAAAGCUCAAGAAUGUUAGUACAAGGUAUACUAAGUACAAUAGAGCCUUUACUGCUUCCACUAAGUAAGGCAUAAGGAUGGGAUGUUGCAGACUCUGGCUUUACCACUGAUACAGAGCAGCUCGUUUCAGUAACAAAACAUGCAGGAUUGGUGUUUUGAAAAAGCGUAUUAGCCUCAUUCUAUGCAACAGCAUCAAAAUUAAUUUCUAAACAACAUUUUCCACUGUCUCUUUCCCCAUAUUCAGGCCCCAAAUAAGAAAAAUUUCAAUAAGAAC